CUUUAACAUCCCAAUGGACCACCUUUGGUUAUAUAUAAAGAAAGGAAAGACAUUUCUAUCUGAUGACACCAAAGAAGGAAUGGUGAUACAAAAAAUGCAGCUUCUUGAUAACAGUGUUGACAUUAACAGGAAUACCAAUUUCAGAGUGAUUCACAGUCAACGGUCAAAAAAUCACAAUUCUGAAUGCGACAAAGCUUUAUCAGAAGAGCUGUGUGGCACAAGAUAUGAACUAGUGCAGACCAGAAGUGACCGCUAUCACUCUGUGGAAAAUGGUGAUGAGUUUAUGAGGAAAACUGGACUACAAAAACACAGAGAAGAAAAGUCACAUGAAUUAGUUAUUUGUAGAAACAAAGCCACAGAUGACAACUGUGUAUUAGCCCACAGUGAGAAAAGACAAAAGAAUAUCUUUGCAUCAUGUGAACCACUGACCAAGAAAGAGAAUAAGUAUGAAUGUGCCACACGUGGCAGUGAUAGAAGAUAUAAACCCUGCAUAUGUGACACAUGUAACAAGGGUUUCUCAUGCAAGUCAAGCUUGUUAAGGCAUCAGAAGUUUGUGCACACUGGGCAGAAACCCUACAAAUGCACUACAUGUGAGAAGAGCUUUAAAUGCAAAAUCAGUUUGGUAAGACAUAAUUUAAUACACAAUGGAAAGGAACUAUAUACAUGCACUACAUGUGGAAAGCAUUUUAUACAGAGACAUAAAUUAUUGGUACAUCAAAAUAGCCACACAAGACAUAAACCAUACAAAUGUGCCACAUGUGGCAAGGGUUUUACGAAGAAACUAUACUUAGUGACGCAUCAGAAUAUGCACAUAGGUCAUAAACCCUAUAAAUGUGUUACUUGUGGCAAGGGCUUUAUAUACAAGUCUAGCAUGGUCAUCCAUCAGUAUGUUCACAGUGAGAAGGUGAGACAGAAGCCCCAUAAAUGUGACAUAUGUGGAAAGGGUUUUACAAAGAAAAGAUACUUACUGUUACAUCAAAAUAGUCACAUGGUAUAUGAAACCUAUGAAUGUGCCACAUGUGGCAAGGCUUUUAAAUCUAAGAAUAGCAUGGUAAGACAUCAUCUGUAUGUUCACAGUGAGCAGGCUAGGCAGAAGCCCCAAAAAUGUGCCACAUGUGGCAAGAGUUUUGCACGUAGAACUAACAUGGCAGUUCACUACCGUAUCCACACUGGAGAGAAACCUUAUAAAUGUGUCACAUGUAAUAAGUGUUUUGCCCAGAAGACACAAUUAGUACAGCAUCAGUAUAUCCAUGCUGAGCAGAAACCUUUUAAAUGUGCCGUCUGUGACAGGGGUUUUACAACUAAGUUUCGAAUGAAGAUGCAUCAGAAUGCCCACUCAAGACAGGAACCAUAUACCUGUGCUACAUCUGACCAAGGCUUUACAAAUAAGGUAAGUCUGGCAGAAUAUAAGAAUAUGCAGAAGCCCUAUAAAUGUACUAUCUGUGGCAAGGGAUUAGCAACCAAGGACAGUCUAAAAGUACAUGAGCGUAUCCACACUGGGCUGAAGCCCUUCAAGUGUACUACAUGUGGCAGGGGAUUAGUAACUAAGAAUAGUCUAAUAGCACAUCAGAGUAUCCACAGUGGGCAGAGGCCCUAUAAAUGCACUACAUGUGACAAAGGGUUUGGAAAGAAGAGCAAUCUGGUAAAACAUCAGCGCAUUCACUCACAGUUAAAGCAACAGAGCAAUGAAAAUGAAAAAACAUUGGAAAUGAGAAAAAAUGAAAAAAUACAAAGAUGGACAUGGGAUAGCAAAAGAGAUCUGAUAUGGUGCAAUAUUUAUGCAAAUAUGAAAGCCACACUAAUCAAAGCCAAAAGAGCAGUUACAAAGAUAUUUGUAGAAAAAUACAGGCAAAGGCACCCAGAUAUGUAUAAUCUCACAAGACAAAAUAUGACAUCACAAAGGAAUGAAGUAAAAAGAAAAAUGACAGGGGCAGAAAUUAAAAAAAUAGAAAUUGAAGUGAUAAAUCAGCUGCGAAGUGAAGGGUUUAGUGUGGAAACUCCAACACAGGCAGUGCAGCAACAUGACACACCUGAUAGAGGAGCAGCAGCUGGAGCAGGAUGCAACUGAAGAGGCUAUGACACAAGGCAAUGUUCUGGAACCUUCUGUAUGAAUCUCACAUGAAAGUCCAGUUUAAUUAAUUAUUUAAAAGAGAUGGGUAGACACAUUAAGAUAAAUUAAAGAAAUAGGUAAGACCCAACAUGUUAGAAGACUGCUAAAGCAGAUCAAGACAGUAGACAUGACUGUUAGGAUAAAUUCAUGUGAUAUAACUGAAAUAUGUGGAGUAUAUUACUGUGCAACUAAACUAAUAACAGAUAGUGUUACCAUAAACAUGCUGAGUAACAAAGGAAUGGAGUAAGUAGAAUGGCACCGUGGAAGCACUGAAUAGAGAAAACUAGAAAUCAGCGAAGACAAGAAGUAUUACUGUUAGAAGAAGACAGAAAAGGGAGCGUGUCAAAAAUCCUUAGAAUAGAUGUGAUGCUAUCAAAACAGACCAGGAUUCAACAUGCACUAUUUCCAAUAAUAAACUAAAAACUAUAAAACAUGUGGAAAAUCCUAGAGGGUAUGCAGGCAAAAUAUAAAGGAAAAAUACAAAAUAAGCAAUUCAUUGAUGACCCAAAAAAAGAUUUUACAGAGAACUGGGAAACAAAGCAAAAGGAACAAAAACAGCACCAAAAAGAAGAUAAAAAAGGCAUUUUGGGAAAUCAUUUACAAGGACCUCUUUCAACAUUAUUAAAGUUGCCAAAUGGGCAAAAGAUUUAAAAGAAGCAGUAAAGAACAUUCGUGUAAAUACUAUGAAGUGGAAUGAAAUCAUAGCCAGAGCAAUUGAGACAAGAUUAAGAAAAGCUCAUAAAUGGAAGAUCCAAAUCUAGAUGCAGUACCAAACCUCUGGUUCAAAUUAUUAACAUGUCUAUUCAAAUAUUUAGCUCUGAGUAAGAAUUACCUGUAUGUCCAAUCUGAGCAGAUAUUAACCUGGUUAACAACAGCAAGAACAGUACUCCUUCUUAAGAGAUAACCUGCAAGUUAUUUAUUUUAUUUUUUAUUUUUAUUUUACAUUU